AUGCCACUUGCUUGUGGAUUUGUCUACACCAGUUCUAUGCAAUACAGUUUGCAGAUGAUGAAAGGGCGUAGGCACAUCUAUGUUAAAAAGAUCAUACAGCAGUACUCGGACAGUGCUGGUCUACUAACUCCUGGUAGGUAUUGAUUGAAGUUGCACACGAGAAUAAGAGAAAGAUAGGGACUGUGAUUAACUAUGUAUUUUAUGUGGAGAGCAUAGCUUUCUAGGGACAACACACUAUACAUCUGGUUAGAACAGCAUUAGUCAAAAACGAUAUGAAUUUUUUGUCAGGGUUCCUUUAAUGGUGUUAUGACCCCAAAUUUCCAAACAGAUGUCCUGUUGGUUGGAGCAAUACCACUUCAAAUUGCAGAUUGCAAUAAGGUUGGAAAGUAAUCCGUUGAAAAUUUAUUUGGAUGCCCAUUAAAUUUAGCUCAUGCAUACACAAAUGCAGAUGUGCCCUUGAUGUCAUCACGAAAUGAAUCACUUACCAGCAAGAAGUGCAUGUGCCUUUUCUUAUUGCAAUAUUUGAGGAAAAACUGUGCUUCAUCAGUGUGAGUAAUAACAUUCCUUUUCCCUUUAAAGGAUUACGAACCCCUGAAGAGAGGGUGCAAUUCCUUCGAAACAUCCCGACAGCGUUUAAUUUUAUGUUGGAAGCUCCCCUCAGGAACCUGAAAACCCAGGCCGAUGCAGAGAAAGAGUAUCCUGAGGAAUUUCAGGCAUUCUUCGACAAUUACGAGCCACUGAGGAAGGAACGA